AUGGUCGGACUUAGUGUAGUGCUAGAAGGUCAUAAGGGUAGUGGUACUACUGCUUGUGCUGCUAGUAUUAUUAACAAAGCCACCAUGGUGAUCAACAAUCCCACUGCUCUGCCUUAUUACCCCAGAACUUCUAACAACUCUCCAUAUUUGCCACCCAAUUCCAAUUUUCUUGACAAGUGCUUUCGGUGCAAGCAGAAACUCUUGCUUGGCAAAGACAUCUACAUGUACAAGGGAGAUAGAGGCUUUUGCAGUGUGGAGUGCAGGUAUAAUCAGAUUAUGAUGGAUGAAGAGGAGAUUGUUCGCAAAGAAAUGCACUGCUCAAUGGUGGUUAUGAAUUCUAGUUCAGCUUCUUCUUAUUCUUCAACCUCUUCAGCUUCUUCUUCCAGAGGCUCAAAUCGAAACAAAGAGACAGAGUGGGUGGAUUGCCUAUUGAGAUAA